AUGGGUCUCCUCCCUCUCACAUAUCGACGUCCAGUUUACGUCGACAAGGACAACAUCGCACUCAGCGAUGAGUCCAAUGCUGGCCACAACACCCUUAGCAAUGCCCCUACCAAUGACAGUGAAGCAGGACUAGAGAAGACGGAACAAAGCCUGAAGCCGGUCAACUCGGGGAGCAUCGCGGGAAUCCCAUCAGCGUUGAGCUUUGAUAAGAUCAUCGAGGGUGGAACAUGUCCACCAUGCACCGUCCGAGACUUUAUGAACUACCUGAUAUACGUGGAGCGGUCAGCCGAGAACCUGCAAUUCUUUCUGUGGUAUCGCGACUAUGUGAAGCGUUUCGAACAAGCCAAGACAUGGGACCUUGCGCUCGCCCCAGAAUGGACAUCAGCCAUGGAGGAGGAAGCCAUCCAGAAGAUCCAGAGAGACCAGGCUGAGAAGGCCCGCAAGAAGCCAAACAGUAAAACAGGAGACGUGACGGUCGAGAUAUUCAAGGGUACCGAUUUUGAAAAAGGAUCGACCCCGGUGCUGUCGAGUCCGAGAGGCCGGAGUACAUCAGACUUGCCUGAGGGCGCCCGAACGGGCAGCAACAAUCCGUUCGGACCGCCGCCGGAUACUCCGCGUGGUUACCACCAUGAUACAUUCUCCUCCGAGUAUGUCGGUUCAAGUAUGGCGACGACAUACCGCACGCAGGCGACCGAUGCCUUCACCACAGCAGGCAUCAAGCCACCAUUCACCAUCCAGCCAUUCCGAAAAGAAAUCGACCGUGUGAUAGCCACUUAUAUCAUGGAUGACGCGCCCCGACAGCUGAACCUCUCCGACAAGGAGCAAAAAGCCGUCCUGCAAGCGCUUGCGCACACGACACACCCGUCCGCGUUCCGCAUCAUCAUCGCGCCCAUUGAGUCUGCGCUGCGUCGGCAGGCGCACCCCAACUUCAUCCGCUGGUCCAUCUGCAACGGCAAUCCAGCGCGCGUCUUCUUCGCGCGGGGCCUCGGCGUAGCGCUCAUCCUGCUCAGCACCGCGGUCGCCAUCGUGCUGACUCUGUCAAAGGCGGGCCGCGGCUAUCGCGCGCUGGCGGCCAUUGGCUGGGUGCUGGGCAUCUCGACGUUGAUCGCGGCGUACAAGGGCAUGUGCGUGGUCCUGCACGGCUUGCAUCACCGGCAUAUUCGCCCGUGGGAGCUGUUCAUGACGGAGGAGGAGGACGGGGAAGAGGGCACGCAGGCGAAGCGGUCGUUUGAUAGCUUCGGGUCCGGCAACAGCUAUGAAGAUGAGCCGUGGGUGGUCCGGUACCAGAAGCGCAACGUGAUCCGCAAGAUCUUUGAUCGCGAGGUGUGGAUCCAGGAACCGAUGUUGCGCCAGAUUCAGGACACGAUUGCGGUGCAGAGCAUGUUGUGCGCGCUGGUGAUGUCGGCCAUCCUGACGGCCAUCUUUGUGGCCGUGCCUGGAGGGGACUUGUUUUGA